AUAUAUUCUUGGAGCUUGGAUAUUUCAUGGUGAUUCUGAUGCUCACCAGACAUCUGCCUCCUGUGCUGUUAGUGGAGGCAGAUGUGGAUUCUGGAUAUGGUGUGUAGUGAUGAUGAGUACCAUUUUUUUAAAAAUAUCGCAGGUCUAAAUUUCAUUCUUUGGGCAAUAUAAUACCAACAAGGCAUAUCAGUUACCUGGACCUUGCUCUUGCAAUUCAGCUGACGUCGCAAACUUUGCAAACUUACUCGUUGCAGGUAUUUGCCUGUUGCUGCUUUCCUUGUGGGCUCUUGGUGGUUCCCAUUUGUCUGCGCUUUUCCAAGAGUUAUUCAUCAACAAACACCAUGACUGGAAGACUUGUUGUUCUGGGGCUUCUGAUCGUCUGUAUUGCAGCAGAUGCUACAGACAAGUCUGGAUCCACAAGGAAGCCUUCUUGUCCUGAUGGAAAGAUCGGGAGAUGCACAAAGAUUUUGGACCCUGUGUGCGGCAGCGAUGGAGUCACUUACAGCAAUGAGUGUGUCCUCUGCAGGGAGAUAGUUGAAACCAAAAGGGACAUCUGGAUCGCCAAAGAGGGACCCUGCUGACCUGUGUGUUUGACAAAAUCAACAUUACGAGGCAACCCAGAAAAAUUAAACCCACUGUUGUCGCAUUGUAAUAAAGUUAAGUUUCAUCAA